AUGGAACAGUCAUCCGCAUGUGGGAGCUCCAACACAAAUUCACCUCAAGGAGAAGAGUUAUGCUUGGUCUGCAACGAUGUCUCCACUGGUUACCAUUAUGGAACCCCAAGUUGUAACGGAUGGUAAGUGAAUCCUUUAAUACGCGUAAUAAACAAGGUCUCUGCUGAACAUUACAGUAUAAAUGUGCCUUUCAGCAAGACCUUCUUUCGUCGGACGAUCAUGAAAAACCAAAAAUUCACAUGUCACUAUGAUGGUAACUGUCUUAUCGACAAAAGUAAGUCUUGCCCUUGCUUCACGUCAACUAACUCACCAUAUGCAAGCAUGAACUAUAAAAUCAAUUAUAGGCGUCCGAUGUGCAUGCCGCCAUUGUCGUUUCAACAAGUGCUUGGCCGUGGGAAUGCGAAGGGAUGCCAUUCAACAAAACCGAGAUCCUAUCGGAUACACAAAAAGAACAAGACGGUAUCCGCCUGUAAAACAAAUUGACAUCUCAUCUCCAUCCAUUUCAAAUCCAGGAUCUUCUAGUCCACUUAAUAUUGUUAGUCCAAUUUUGUCACAACCGAAACUGGAAGGAAAUUACGAAGAUGAAAUCUUCAACGACCUCUGCAGAGUCGAGAAAUAUAUUAAUCCGUUGAGGUAACACUUGAAAACAAUUAAAUUACUUUUUUUCUAGAAAUUCUGAUUACAUUAUAUCAAAAUCAAUUGUUCAUUCGUUACUUGUACCUUCAAUCUUCCACAAUCCCGAGUUCAUCAGAAAUCUGGAUAUGGUAAGCAAAGGCAAAAUCUAUAAUACAAACCCAACAUUAUUCCCUUUUUAGAACCCAAAAAUCAGCGAUGCCAUCCGACCAGCAGUAGCAAUGGAUCAUGCAGAUUGCCAUGAAAAAGAUUGGUCGAUUAUGACAGAAUGGGCAAAAACAAUAAAAGUCUAUAACAGAUUAGAUGCCAGUGAUCAAGUACGCGUUGAUUUUUACAGUACUCUCCAGUCAGAUGCGGAAACUAAAUCUUAAAAUUUUAGCUGGCCCUUCUUCACCACUCAGCAAUUACACAUCCUUCACUCAUCCAAUGUUUCUAUAGCAUCGAUAAAGGCCCUGAUAUUUUAGUUUUCCCAAACGGAACUUAUUGUGACAGAAAUCCAGAUGACACAAGGUAAGUAAAUACGCAAACUUUAACUUAUAUCCUUUAUAGGCCACCAGGAUUCCACAGAAAGAAAUUACGAGUGUUCGAUUACCUUAUGAAACCAAUGCGGGAUCUGAAAAUCGACAUGAAUGAAUUUGCGGCAAUAAAAGGGAUCUUUUUCUUGAAUCCGGGUAUGUCUGUGAUCUAUAAUAUAAUAAUCACAGAAAGGCUUACAAAACAAGCUUCGUUAAUCCGAAAACACUGUAACACUUAUGUUCUACUUCCAGAUGCAGAUGACAUCUCAACACCCGAGGCUCGUGAAAUGAUUUCCAGCGCUCGUCAUCAACUUGCCGACUCUCUUUACAGAUACAUGUUGAACACUUAUGGGCCAGAAAGAGGUUCCCAUCGAUAUGGAAAGGUCCUUUUAUUAGGUCCUUCUAUUGCUACAUUGGCCGUUGAAAUGAAAGAAACCGUGGUUGUGGCGGACUUCUUCGAGCAAGUUUGUUUCUCACCAUUGGCACGAGAGAUGCUACUGGGUAUUUACAAUAAUUCGCGGAGUGACCAUCACGACCACAAUCAUAUUCCGAGUGUCUCAGAUACAAAUAAUGUCGGAGUUCAGGGUGGAAACAAACUUGACUUUAGUAACGUCUCUGCUUAA